CCAAGAUGGCUGCGGCGGCGGCGGAGUCCAAGCUCCCUGUCAGUUUGGGGCCGGCUCUGGCCUGCGGCUCCUGAGGGGCCGAGGGACGCGCGGGGGCCCGAGGCGGCCGUCCCACGGCGGGCCGUCUGCAUUAAGGAAAACUUGCUUCUUGGAGUUUGACUGUCAGAGCCGCAGUUAUGCAGCCGCCGCCCCAGGCAGUCCCUUCUAGCCUGGUUGGGCCACCUCCAGCUGGGACCCCUCAGAGCAUGUACUGGUCCAACAGUCCCUACCGGCGGCAAGCAGUGCCCAGUGGGCCCGCGGCCCCUGUGCCCUGCCCGGUACAGCCUGUCACAGACCCAUUUGCAUUCAGCAGACAGGCACUGCAGAGCCCCGCUGCAGCCAACGCACCCCAGAGUGGCCUCCCUGUCCUGCAGGCCCAACCUGCAUCUCUUCAGCACCCUGGCCAGUCCCUGCCUCCCACGAGUGCCGGUCACGGUCACAGUGCCCAUGGGCCCUUUGAGCCACUGCCCAGACCUCUGCUGCAGCCCAAGUCAGAAGCCAGCCCAUUUGUCAGUCUGGUGGCCCCUGCAGUGCCACCAGGGCUUGAAAUGAACAGGGGAACUGAGGCAGCUUCCAUCUCUGAACCCCAAGUUUCGACUCUGCCGUAUCCACCUCAGUACAUUCCAGCAGGCCUAGAUGUUUCUCAAGGAGUUCCUCUGUCUGGGAAUAUGCCAGGGCCCGACAGGCCUCGGAGCAGGCAGAAUCCAUACACUGCUGCUGUGUCCUCCACAGUGCCCCCUUCCGGCCCUUUGCCUGGUCAGGCUGUGCCAGGGCAAUGGGAGUCAGCCCAGGGGUCCCUGUCUGCUUCUGCUCAGCACUCCUGGCCCUGCCCAGAAGGACCAGUGCCUCUCCUGGUGCCCCAGGCCUCCCGUGCUGCCCAAUUCCCUGCCUCUUUGCACCAGGGCUCUGGCCAUGAUACACUCAACCCGCCUGGCUCUGUGCCAGCCCCAGUGAGCAGCCUGUACAGUGGAAACCCGUCGGCUACUGGCCUGGAUCCAGAAAGCACCUUCCAGCGGAACUCCAGAGUUGGCAUUGGUGUGGCAGGCCUGGAGUUGAGGCCAGCUCCAACAGUGGCCCGGGAGCACAUGCAAACUGCUGCCCUGCUCACCCUACCCGCUCAGGGAAACAAUUCAGAAAGCCAUCUGCAUCCCCCACCAGGGGACUUGGGGGCCCUCUCCGUCUUCUUCCAAGGGGGUGAGACGGAGAACGAGGAGAACCUUUCGUAUGAGAAACCAGGCUCAGUGGGGCUGGCUGACUCUGACAAUGUUGUCUCCGUUCCUGGACCUGGCCAUCUGGCCCACGCAGCCCUACUUAGAGGUCCCGGUGGCGAGAAUGCACAGCUGGGAGGAGAAGCGCAGGCCUAUUUUGUGCAGUCCUUGGACGUCCAACACGAGAGGAAGACCACUAAAGGUGCACCCACUGAUACAUGGGGGGAUCCAGCCCGUGUGGGAGCUCCUGAGGCCAGUGGCCCACAGUAUGAGAAUGUGGAGAACUUAGAGUUUGUUCAGAAUCAAGAGGUACUGCCAAGUGAGCCUCUGGGUGUGGAGCUGUCCCCAAGCGAUCAGCCCAGGACUGGGCCCCUGCCUGGGCCAGCCAACUCCAGGCUUGGUGUGCCAAGCUACACUGGAGCCACAGGUCCCAACCUCGAGGCCCCAGAUGCAGCACUGCACCCCCUGCGACCUGACAGUGCUUCUUCCAGUCACAGCACCAAGAGCCUCAGGAGCCUUCCGGGUUCAUCCAGACCCCAGGACCUGGUGGGCACCUUCAUCCAGCAGGAAGUUGGGAAGCCUGAAGACGAGGCUUCGGGGAGUUUUUUUAAGCAGAUUGACUCGUCUCCCAUUGGAGGGGAGGCAGAUGAGGUCCCUGGGAGCCAGAGUUACCAGAAUAGCCUCUCCCAUCCUCCAACCCCUAGCCCUCCCAAGCCCACAGGGGUGUUCCAGACAAGUGCAAACAGUUCUUUUGAGCCUGUGAAAUCCCACCUAGUGGGCAUGAAACCAUUAGAGGCAGAUCGUGCGAACAUGGUGGGAGAGGUGAGGGAUACUCAUGGACUGCAGAAGCAGUCCCGCAUGGCUGCCGCUUCGUCCACUGCAUCCCCAGGCAACCUGGAGCAGCCCCCGGACAAUAUGGAGACCCUCUUCACGUCCCAUGAUGGCCCUGCCUCAGAGACCAACCAUGGGCCUGCACAGGCUGGAGUGCCACACUUGGACGCUGUGCUCUCCACCUCAGAGAGAAGGACUGUGAACCGCAUGCAGGGGGCUGUGAAGUGCGAGAGCCCCGCCACCACUUUGUGGGCUCAGAAUGAGCUCCCCGACUUUGGGGGCAACGUCCUAUUGGCCCCCGCUGCUCCCAUGCUCCACGUCCCCAUCAGCCCUCGGCCCUGUGAAGUGAUCCAGCCCCCAGAUGAGGGCAUAUCCGGUCAGCGGCCAACCCCCAGGCCACCUCUGUUGAGUGGUGAUACCCUCGGGGCUUCUGAGAAUCUGGAGAAUCCCCCCAAAAUGGGCGAGGAGGAGGAGGAUCGGCCCUCUCAGGCAAGUCCUCCCACUGAGCCUCUGCCUUGCCAACUCACUCCCUUUCCUGGGUCUCUGCUGAGCCCCGCAGAGAAGCAGCUGUGCUGGGGAGAGGCUGUGGUUGGGAAGAAUCUCACACUUAGCAGUGGGGCUUCCUGGGAUGCUUCUGGGGGUGAAGCGCUGAGGGCUGCGCCCCGGCCCCACACUUCCUGCUCACCUUUGCUGCUGCAACGGCCUGGCCCAGCGUUCCAGAAUCUGUUCCCGGGGAGUCUGGAGCUGGCCGCUCCAGGGGUCUUGGCAUCUGGUAGCGAGAAGGCAGCCACCUCUGAUAGCCAUGAGGACGCUGCUGGCACCCUAGACUUCUUGCUCCCCAGGACCUUAGAGAAUCCUAUGAGAAUGUAUGGCCUGUCCCAUUCAGAUGCUUCAGCUGCUGGUCAGCAGCCUGUGGCCAGAUGCCCUGGACUCAGGGCACAUAACCCAGACCCUUUCUACCAGCAGGUAAUGAGAGAUACACAGGAGCCGCAGGGCCCUGAUAAAGCCCAGAAGGAGCUGGUGCCACCAUCCCUGCCAGAGCCCAAAGCACCACUUGCAGAACCUUCAAAUGUGGGGAUCCCCCCUGGGCCUGGACUGUCUCAAAACUCUGCUCAGCCACCUGUAAGCCAGACCACAGCCGACACAGGCCAGCAGCCACCACCAUCUCGGCCCCCUCCGUCCUCCAGUGGGGCCACUGCAGCCCCAUCAAACCAAGCAGCUGCACGGCCCGACCAACAGUGGCCACAGUCACCACCCCCAGACUACUACUACUACAGACCCUUGUACGACAGCUACCAGUCCCAGUACCCUGCACCUUACCCACCUGAGCCUAGCUCAGGCCCCCUCUAUUACCAGGAUGUCUACGGCAUGUAUGACCCUCGAUACCGGCCCUACGACAGCACAGCUGCCUCCUACGCUGAGGGCUACCGCUACCCCGAGCCCGAGCGGCCCAGUUCCCGUGCAAGCCACAGCUCUGACCGGCCUCCUGCCAGGCGCGAGUACCCAGACGGCUACUACCACUCUAAAGGAUGGAGCAGUCAGAGUGACUACUAUGCCAGCUAUUACUCCGGCCAGUACGACUACGGAGAUAUGGGGCGCUGGGAGCGUUACCACUAUGGCUCCAGGUUCCGGGACCCCCGCACCUAUGACCCGAGGCUCUGGCACGACAGCGAGUAUGACGCCUACCGGAAGGACAGCUUUGCCCACGGCGACAGGCCUGAUAAGUAUGAUGACCACUGGCGGUAUGAUCCCCGCUUCACUGGGAGCUUUGACGACGACCCUGAGCCUCGCAGGGACCUAUACGGGGAGGAGGUGGACCGGCGCAGCGUGCACAGCGAGCACUCAGCCCAGAGCCUACGCAGCCGCCGCAGCAGCUUCAGCUCCCACUCCCAGCAGAGUCAGAUCUACCGAAGUCACAAUGUGAGCACUGGCUCCUUCCACGGCGACUACGCGUACAGCGUCUAUGCAGGCGCCUUUCCAGAGUGGCCUGCUGUGGAGCAGGCUCCCUCGAGACCAUCCUCUCCUGAGAAGUUCUCAGUGCCCCACAUCUGUGCCCACUUCGGCCCGGGGGGCCAGCUCAUCAAGGUGAUACCCAAUCUGCCGUCAGAGGGCCAGCCUGCACUGGUGGAGAUCCACAGUAUGGAGAGCCUGCUGCAGCACACGCCAGAGCAGGAGGAGAUGCGUGCAUUCCCAGGGCCUUUGGGCAAAGAGGACACCCAUAAAGUGGAUGUUAUUAAUUUUGCACAGAACAAAGCUACAAAGUGUUUACAGGAUGACACUUUACUUGACAAAGAAUCUGCAAGUCUUCUUUGGAAUUUUAUUGUGCUGUUGUGCAGGCAAAAUGGGACUGUGGUGGGGACAGACAUUGCCGAGUUGCUGUUACGGGAUCACAGGACUGUGUGGCUCCCCGGGAAGUCACCUAAUGAAGCCAACCUGAUCGACUUCAACAGCGAGGCAGUGGGACAGGAUGAUGAGGAGUCAGUGGAAGCUCAGCUGUCCCUGCUAGCUGGCAGCCGACCGGUCCCAGCCAGUUCCCUGGACAAGGAGAUUGAGCGCUUCCGGGAGCUGCUGCUCUAUGGCCGCAAGAAGGAUGCUUUGGAGUCUGCCAUGAAAAAUGCCUUGUGGGGCCACGCUCUAUUACUUGCCAGUAAGAUGGACAGCCGGACACACGCUAGGGUCAUGACCAGGUUCGCCAACAGUCUCCCCAUCAACGACCCCCUGCAAACCGUCUACCAACUGAUGUCAGGCCGCAUGCCCGCAGCAUCCACGUGUUGUGGGGAUGAGAAGUGGGGUGACUGGAGGCCACAUCUCGCCAUGGUCUUGUCCAACCUGAGCAACAACAUGGACGUGGAGUCGAGGACAAUGGUCACAAUGGGUGACACCCUGGCCUCCAGGGGACUUCUGGAUGCCGCCCAUUUCUGCUACCUCAUGGCCCAGCUUGGCCUCGGCGUAUACACCCGCAAAACCACAAAACUGGUCUUAAUCGGUUCGAACCAUAGUUUGCCGUUUCCCAAGUUUGCCACCAACGAAGCUAUUCAGAGGACGGAGGCCUAUGAGUAUGCCCAGUCCCUGGGCACGCAAACCUGCACGCUUCCCAACUUCCAGGUGUUCAAGUUCAUCUACUCGUGUCGCCUGGCCGAGAUGGGGCUUGCCACUCAGGCCUUUCACUACUGCGAGGUCAUCGCCAAGAGUAUCCUGGCCCAGCCCCAAGGCCACUCUCCUGUGCUUAUCAGCCAACUCGUCCAGGUUGCAUCCCAGCUGCGACUCUUCGACCCUCAGCUGAAGGAGCGGCCAGAGGAAGAGGCCUUCGUGGAGCCUGCCUGGCUUACCCAGCUACAGCGGGUGGACCAGCAGGUCAAGGAGGGCUCUGUGCUGUGGUGCCAGGAUGUGGCUGGCCCUCAGCAUUGUCCCAGUUCACCCAGUUCUGAGGUGGGCUUGUGCGAGGGUCCGGGACCAGCUCUGCCCACUGAGCCAGCCCCUGACAACCCACUGCUGGCCCCGCCUAUGCCAGCUGCUGAGCACCCAGAUCAGAGUGUGCGCCUGCUUCCUUCAGCCCCACAGAGGUUCCCUGGCAGCCAGCUGGCCUUCCCUGCCGAGGUGCCCAUGUUCCCUGUGCAGCUGGGACCAGGGACUGGCCCCCCACCAUCUUCCCUGGGCUUUCUAGAACCAUCUGGGCCUGACCCCACAGCUCUGUUUCCUGGGCCAGGCCUGCCAGCCGGACCCCCUCCUCUCCAGGAGUCCAGGAACCCUGAAGCUGGAACCACGCUGCAGGAUGGCCUCGGCAGAAGCUUGCUUUCAGAGCUCAGAGAUGGGGACCUGGGCGGCAGCCUCACAAGCCUGGGUACUGCCAGGAAUCUGCAGGACCAUCAAGACCUGGGGGGUUGGGAGUCACCACCUCCCACCCUGACCCCCACCCAGGAUGGGAAGAGACCUGGACAGGCUGCCAGAAAGGAGACCAAGGAUCCAAAAAAGAGCAGUGAGCCCUGGUUCUUCUCACGCUGGCUCUACGGGAAGAAACGCACAGAAGCCUAUCUGCCUGACGACAAGAACAAGUCGAUCGUCUGGGAUGAGAAGAAAAACCGCUGGGUAGACACCAACGAGCCAGAGGAGGAGAAGAAGGCUCCACCCCCACCUCCAGCUGCAUUGCUGAAGGCUCCAAAGGCUGCGCCCCUGGGUCCUGGAGGGGCCCCCAGAGCAUCUGUGAACAUGUUCUCUAGGAAAGCAGCGGGAUCCCGCUCACGCUAUGUGGAUGUGCUGAACCCUGGGAGCACCCAGCGCAGUGACCCAGUGCUGGCCCCUGCGGAUUUUUUCGCCCCACUCGCCCCGCUCCCAAUCCCAGCCCUCGUGGUGGGCCCACAGCCAGAUGCAGACAUGCCGCCAUCUGUGGACGGGGCUAGCACAGAAGGGCUGGUGCCCAGUGCAGAGCCCAAGGGUUUUGUGUCUGAGCUCCCGUCCUCUAGAGCAGAUGCAGCUCCAGGAGGAGAGCUAUCGCGCUGGAGCUCCGUGAGCUCGCUGUCGCGGGAGGUGAGCCAGCACCUACACCAGGUUGCAGGGCUCCCUGCGGCAGGGGCAGUGCCUUUGUACAACCCUGUGCAGUUUACACCCGUUCCUGCCACCUCAGGAAGCUCAAGGGCAGGAAGGAUGGGCCGGAGGAAAUAACCUGCGCUGAGCUAGAGCCUCAUCUCUGGUUCCCCUAGAGACACCUGGCCACCAUGCGCUCUCUCUCACCACCCAUUUCAGAGAGGCCUUGGCACUCUAGGAAUUGGCUCAGGCUGGUCCCUAGCUCGGGGUCUUGCUUCCUCAAGCUGCUCUGGGCAAUAGUGCCAGCAUCGUGCCCAGGUGCUGGACGGGGUGUGUGGACCUCUGAGCCUAUGUCCACUAAGCAUUGCUGCACCUACGAAAGGGACUUCAUGGGGCCCCAGUCAGCCUCUCAGAAGUGGGGGUCCAACACAGCAAUAAUUCACUCCGGCUCUCCCAGGGCCUCAAGCCCGAGUCACCACUUCUGGAGCGCUGUAGAACUGGCUGUGAUCCCUCGCAUCCCCAUCCCAGAAACCAGUGACAGCACAUGGGAAUAAACGUGGAUGCCUGGAGUUGGUGAGGUGGCUGUAGUGCCACUGCUCCGUAUGGAAGUGUCUAAAUAAUGCCUGGCAACACUGGAGUCUCCCACCUGUGCCGGCUCCUCUGCCAUACUGAAGCAAACAAGCACCAGGGCAAGCCCAACACCACCUUUUCCAAAAGGAGCUGGAUCUUGAUCCAAUCAGUGGGCAGGUUCUCGGCAGGUUCCGCUGGGGACACAGUUUUCUUGGUGUAUUGAAUCUCUGUAGAAAUUGUGCAUAUGUGAGAUCAACAUGUCCUCCCAACUUGACUGGCUAACCAAUCACCUAGGGAAGACACUGCUUUCUGGAAUAUUCUACAGUGUACAACUGGGUCCUUGUGCUGUGGUUUGGUUGGCAAAAGCUGGGUAGCCAGGAUGUGGGGGUGCAGGGCCUGAGUCCGGCUCCUACCUUUGGUGACUGCCCGUGACUUGAUUCCAGAUGCUUCCUCCAGGCGGGAGCUGCUAUUUUUUUUUCCUAGAUGCAAAUUGUUACACUGCAAAUUGUUAAAUAAAUAUUUUGCGCUCUCA